AAUUGCUUGCCAUUAUCUCAUAAUUACUUAAAUAUUUUCUAAAACACUCAGAAGCAACACAUCAACGAAAAAGUCAUGUCACCGAUAAACACAAUUAUUAUUAUCUCCGUCGCCCUCGCAGCCGCAUAUCUCAUCAGAAACUUCUCAUCUCCUUCCGACAAUAUCUUUUUCUACUACCACCACUGCACGCAACCAAACUACUUUCCAGGAUCGUCUUUUUUCUCUAAGUACCUUCCCGGAUCAUCUUACGACUCAAAUGUCAACACGCUACUCACCUCGCUCGCAAACUCAGCUGAUGUCUUCACAUACAACGACUUCACCGUCGGAACCUACGGUAAAACCGUCCACGGGAUGCACCACUGCCGCAGCGACCUCUCCACACGCUCCGAUGAUUGCGCUAGAUGCGUGGCGCAAGCUGUGCGCAUACUCCAAAAUCUCUGCGGGGGAGCGGCCGGCGGCGCGUUGCUGCUCGAAGGCUGCUUCGUGGAGUAUGAGAACACUAAGUUCCUCGGCGUGGCGAAUAAGACGUUGCUGGCGAGGGUAUGCGGGACACCGUGGGGGUAUAGCUCGGACGAGUUGACUAAGACCAGCAAGAUGGUGAGUUUUGUAGUGGACGCAGAAAACGUACCUUAUAGAGCUUCGAUAGGAGAGGGAGCGCAAGCUGUGGCGCAGUGUACUGGAGAUCUUAGUGUUAGUGACUGUAACGACUGUUUGAAGGAAGCGAACUUACAGCUGAAGUCGUUGUGUGGAAUAACAGCUUGGGGUGAAGUCCACUUAGCCAAGUGUUACGUGCGUUACUGGUCGCGUGGAGCCACUGGCCACGCGUAUAAGAAAACGUUAUGCGGUAUGACGCCAGCCCAACUCAGGGACGGGACCAAGAGUUUUUACUACCGGGGACAACAAUAUUUAGUAUAUAAAUUUCAGUCAUUAUUGAUAUACGCUUUUUAUGUUUCUUUUGUUGUAUCUAUAUUUUAUCUGUUGUGGGACUAUAUAAAUGGAUAGACUUUAUAAUACAACUGUUUAGUCUCAAAAUUUAAUCUGUUU